AAGAGAAAAACCGGGCCAUUUGGAGCGAGUAUUUGCAUGAAAUGGUAAUUGUUGCUUAGCCUCAGAAACACGUGCAAUGGAUUCUUCUGGCGAUGAGUCCCCUCCCCCGGACAGACCGCUCAUUGAUGUACCACUGAUCAUCACUGAGUUUAAGACAGAGUUCGGACAGUUUGUACUACGCAGUGUGUCCUGUCUGAGUGAUGAAGUGUUAUGGACGUGCGGCGAUGAGAAAAUCAUGAGACUGUACAACCUCAGUGGGGAACUAGUGAAGUCAGUAUAUACCAAGUCGGAAAGCUCUCCAGGGGACAUAGCAGCAACAAGGAGUGGAGAUCUAGUUUAUACUGAUGACAGUGAUAAUACUGUUAACAAAGUGAAGAAUACACAAAUACAGACAGUGAUCAGACUACAUGGAUGGAGUCCCCGCAAUAUCUGUAGUACCUCCUCUGGGGACCUCCUGGUUGUUAUGGACAAUGGUGACGGAAAACCAUCAAAAGUUGUACGUUACUCUGACUCCACAGAGAAACAAAGUAUCCAGUACGAUGACAAAGGACGACCUCUCUAUUCAUCUGGACCUUUCAUUAAAUACAUCAGUGAGAACAGGAACCAAGAUAUAUGUGUGUCAGACUUUGGUGCUCAUGCAGUAGUGGUGGUCAAUCAGGCCGGGAAACUCCGGUUUUCCUACACUGGUCCUCCCUCCACUACCAAGGGAUCAUUCUAUCCUUGCGGCAUCACAACAGACAGCCAGGGUCGGAUCCUGACAGCAGACCGUGACAACCACCGUAUCCACAUCCUGGAUCAAGAUGGACAGUUCCUCCGCUACAUUGACAAUUGCCAUUUACAGCGUCCAUGGGGUUUAUGUGUGGACACCAGAGACCACCUCUUUGUGGCUCAGUGGAUCACAGGUAACGUGAAGAAAAUACAAUAUUACUUGUGAACAAUUUGUGUAAGAUUGAAUUACAUGUAUCAUAUGUAAGCAGUGUAUUUAAAUUAUAUAUCUUAUAUAAUUUACAUCAUUUCUUUAGGGUGUAGAUAUAUCUAUAAUGUGUGUGUUUUGGAUAUGUAAACUGAUUGUGUUGUAUAUAUAAAUAAAGUAAAUUAAAUGUUUUGAAUUGUAA